UCCCUAGCGUUCCAGUUUCCAUUUUUCUCCGUAACUGAAUUUCGUUAACCCUCCUUCUUGCACAAACCCACCUUCAUGCAUAUAUCGAAUCAACUAACCGUACGCACUCUAUGAUAUCACUAUCACACUCAUUAUGCCAUUGAAAAGCUUCAUCCGACGGAAACUACUCUCCCUGCUUCAGCCAUGGUUGAGAGAAGAGCCCCAACUCGACAUCCAGUUAGGGUUCCGUCACUCCCUCGCCGUCGCCGAGAACCUUCGUUUUGACGUCUCUGUUCUCAACCGACUGUUCAACUCCCCUUCUUGCCUCUUUAUCAAGGAGCUCACAAUCGAACACCUCACUCUCAGAUUCUCGCCCUGGCACUCCGUAGCCUUCGACAUCGAAGUUCACGGCGUUCGCGUUGUGCUAGCUUUUGAGAUGCCGGAUGAGGAGGUAAGCGCCAGGAGGCUGCGUUCGUCGAAAUUUGAUUAUACGGAUUAUCUUAGAAAGCGCCUUGAGGUUCUUGAUCCUGAGGGAUGUUCUUUGCAUCAUGUUUUGGAAAGCAUAGUUUUUGCUGACCCUGAAAGGAAAGAUCUUACAUCAUCUUUCUUGAAUCUUAUUAUGAAGUCGUCUCACCUAGAGGCACAUGACAUCAACAUGGAGAUUCAGUUUCCUAUCUUUAAUGACGAGUUUAUGUGUUUUGGGGAAGUAAAGAAUUUUAGUGCAAGAUCUGAUCAUCUUGAUCAGAAAUGUCUUUUUAGAGGUUUCCUUACUACAAUUUUGAUUCCAGUGAGAGAGGGCUCAUAUAUGUUAAAUUGCACUGGAUUGAGAGUCGGAUUUAUUGGUAAAAAUCAGCCUGACCGUGCUUUGCUUUCAUCUGAUGUGCACAUUUUCAUUACAUUAAGGGAUCUUCAGCUGGUUGAUUGCACUCUCUGUUUCCCAGAACUAGGCUUUUCAUUUACUCCAAAAGAUGUUUCUGUAUUUCUAGUUAUUCACAAAUUGCUAUCUGAUAAGCAUAAUGAAGCUAGAAGUGCUAGAGAAUUAUGGAGAAUAGCUGCAAAUAAAAUUGGCCAUAUGACUAUAAUUCCUAUGUUAUCAUUGCAAAGAUUAGUUGGUAUUAUAGGUCAAUGGAAACAUUAUGUUGAUGCUUAUGAGAAUCUCUUGCUGCUAGUUGGAUAUUCUACUGGCCCAAUGUGGAAAAUGUCCAUUUCUAAAAUGUUUCAGAGAAAACAGGUUUUCAGUUCUGCUAGAAACAACUGGAAGGUUAUAUCUAACAUUGAGAAGAAGUUACCUGCUGAAGGCAUAUCACUAGCGAGGCGAAUAGCUCGUCAUAGAGCAGCAUUGGAAGUUCCCUCUGAUUGUCAUGAGGAAUGUUUGGCCACGAGUAAAUUUGUUUGCCCUUUUCUUUCUGUUUUGAUGCUUAUUUGGAAAGUGAUCUCAAAGAUAAUCUGUUGUUUCUUAAACAUAUUUGGGAAAAAGAUAGUGGAAGAUUCAGAUAUUGACGGAUGUUUGCGAAGCUCUGGUAAAGAUCUUUAUCAAAGGUGUUGUUUUGUGCUAAACUUUGGGAAAAUCAUAGUAAGAUUGUCCCAAAUUAAUGAAAUCCAACCUUCUGCAUAUGAAAAGUUGCAUGCACAUACUGGAAUAGCAUACUCAGAUUUCCUUCCAUUAUGUUUCUGUAUUGAUCAAUUUUUACUAGUAACCAUUAAAGAUAAUUUUGGACAGAGAGUCUUUGUGUCAUGUGGGCAAAUGAAGGUUGAACCUGCACCUUUGACAGUGUUUCCAGAAGCAAGUCCAAUGAAUAAGCUUAAUACAGAUGAAGAAAAUGGAGAGGAAGGCACCCAGGGAUCAAUUCUGUGGUGUGAACCUGCAAAAUCAUUUGUCCUGUCAGAAUCUAAUGUAGCCCAGGCUGAAGAUACUUGUGAUUCUCAUGUUCAUAGCUUUAUGGGAAAAUUGUCUGCUAGUUGGAAAGGAAUUUGUAGUAGUUUUAGUGAAAGUGAGAUUGAGUAUUCUGAAAAUCCAUGCCUUCUCUGUAAGUUUGAGACAUCUUCCGCAUAUCAAGACAAUAAGAAUCCCUGUUUUGGGUUUUGUGAAUUUGGUUUUAUGCUUGGAAAGAUAAAUUUAUUUUUGACUCACUUUUCAGUAUCAUCUGUGUCUCUACUUGUUAGUCAGAUACAACAUGUUUGCACGGCGGACAGGAAGGAAGCAUCCGAUGCUCCAAACUUAGUACAUAAAGCAGAAAAUGCCUGGGUCGACACAUAUGAGUAUUAUGCCAAACAAAUGAUUAUUUACUUGCUUCAAAAACUACCACAGAAUCAUUUCCAUUUUGGAGCAUUUGUUGAUGGUCCAUUUGUAAGAUUUUCACUCAAAAGAGAGGCUGCUCUUGAUGGCCAAGACAUUAAUGACAUUGCCAGCCAUGAUAACUUUGACAUCAAUUUUGAUUUUCAUGAUAUUGAAGUGGCUGUUGGUUCACCUUCAUUAUUAGAUAUGUCACCAUUGACAGAUCCGUUUGGGCUUGAUGAUGCCAAAGCAGAGUAUAUUACAUUGGAACCUUGUGUGGUUGAUAUUCCAAAACCUGAUAAUGAUAAGUACGUAUCUUCAGGAAAGAUAUCAAUUGGUUCCUAUAUUCAUCAAAAUGGCUUAAAUGUUUAUUUGGAGGAGUUAGAAGACAAACAUCAGAUUCAACUUUUAGUGGUAAAACCAAUCAUUGUACAGAUAUUAUCAGUCAGGAAUUACAUUUAUUCGUUGUGCACAACAAUGUCUGCCUUUUCAGCUUCUUGGGACAUAACGGCUGGAGGGUUCACUGUUUUCUCAUUUUUAGAUGAGGUGUAUAUGAUUUGUAAGGCUGUUGCACACUUGUCAUCUGUGGUAUCUUAUAUGUUUAGUAGCUCUGAAGAUGUUGAUUGCUGGCAUCCUGAAAUCUUGAAGCAAGAAGCAAUGUUUCCAGAACCUGAUAGCUGCGAGCCAACCAUAGAAGGAGCUUUACCGACAAAUAAUAUCUGUUCAUUUUUUAUUAAUGGAACCUGCAGAUUUGAGUCUAUGGAUAUCAUUCUUCAUAAUUCUAGAAGUUAUAAUGGAGAUGGUCGUACUCCAGUGGUUAACUUUUUGACUGGAAACAAAUUGGCUGUGCAGAAGUUGCCCGACUGUGGAAUUUGGAUUUCCAUUCAGCAGACCUCUGUUGUAGUUUCUGGUGAAGAAGAGAAGAUGGACAUCUUCACUGAUUUAGCAGAAAUCAUAUCUUUUCUUUUCACAUACCAGAACUCUAUUGGAAACAACAAUGAUCAUAUUGUACCUGAAAAAUUGCUAUUGCAAUCUGUUGACUGCUUACAUGAAGUAUCUCUCUCUGGUUGCACAUUUACUUUGUGCUUGGGUCUUGUUCAAAAUACCUCAUGUUCAAGAAAUGAGUUCAAAACAGUUGGUAGCUCAGAUGCUAAUGGUCAUAUAUCUGACUUGGUGCGAGGAAACAAUUUGACAGCCUCUGAAAGGUUAAUCACUGAAUCCCCUCACUCAAUUACAGUGAUGGGCUCUCCUACAAUUAUCGGGACGUCAGCUUCAGCAAGGCACUGUUUUCUAGUAAAUGCUUCAGUAACUAAUGUUGUCAUAGGAAGAUGCUCAACGAAAAGGGUUCUGGUUGAAGCACAUCAAUCGAAUAAGUUUAUGUGUAUGCUUUCUGUUGGUGGAGAGUUUCAGAUGGUUUCCUGGGAGAUCCAGGGUGGACUUAUUGUUCUUGAAACAUCAUCUUUGGCAAUGGCGAUUGAUAAUUAUACUUCCUAUCUGAAACAUAUCAGAAAUCUUACAUCUGAUGUGAUGCAACAUAAUAAAGCCAUCAAUCAGGCAGGGCAUGGUGAAGAGAGCUGUGAUGUUAAUGAUGAGAUUCAUCAAGAGAUUGUUUGCACAUCUCAAUGGACUGAGAGUGAAUCUCCGAAUUCGUUUGACUUAUCAUUGUCUCACUUUGCUCUUGUUUUUGCACAUGAAAAUGACUCCGGUGGGAUUAGAGAAAUCAUACUAGAGGUUGACAUCCAUUUGAAAUUUGAAUCAGCAACUACUGGGAAGAAACUAAAAGCUGAGCUUUCUCAUUUGUCUAUCCUUUCCCAAAUUACUCACGAGAAUUUGGAACAUGAAACUACAAUUCCUCAUUUUUCCUCUGUUAGAAUGAAAGAUUUUCCAUCUCAGCUUGCCUUUUCAGAGUUUCAGAACUCUGUUGAAUGUCAUGCUGUUAGCGAGGGAAGUAGUUCAAGAGGCCCUGUUCCAUUUCACCUGAGUCAUCAGAAUCAAAUUCUGAAAGAUUUAAGAGCUUCCAUGUCACUAGAGAGGCCAGCUGAUGGCUCAUUGCAUUUAUGUCGAUGUUGGUUUGGCGUUGGUUCUAUUUCAGGUUUUGACAUGACACUUUCUAUAUCCGAAAUUCAGACAAUUUUGUCAAUGGCCUCUUCAGUUUCUCUGCUAUCACUUCAAGAUACAACAAGAUCAUCAGAAAGAAACCAUUGGUCUACUAGCCAUAAUGCUGACAAUAGUUUGGAAGCAAUGAUUCCAGAUGGGGCUGUUGUUGCUAUUCAGGAUAUCAACCAGCACAUGUAUUUUACUGUUGAAGGUGAAGAAAAUUCUUUCAGUAUAGGUGGCGUCAUUCAUUACUCUCUUGUAGGAGAAAGAGCUCUUUUCAGGGUGAAACACCUAAUCCAAAGGAGAUGGAAGUCUACAAUUAUGUGGUUUUCCUUGAUAUCAUUGUUUGCGAAGAACGACAUGGGUGUGCCUUUGAGAUUGAAUUCUAGUCCAGGAUCAUGUUUUGUUGACAUCUCGUGUCCCAAUGAUGGAAGUUGUGCACUUUGGAGAGUUUUCCCUCCUGAGGGUGGAAGUUAUGAAGGAGUUACUGACUGGGGGGAGGCUUGCAAUCAACCAAUAAAGAGAAGCUGCUGCCUUGUAAACAAAAAGAAUAACUGUGCUAUUGCUUUUGUUGAUGGUGCUCCAGAGUUUGUCAUGAAGCCUGGAAAUCCAAUCAAGUUCAAAAUUUUUCAUGAUCUUUCAGUCGGUUAUGAUGCUUCAGAUACAGUUAGGUACCCUAGAAUGGCUCCACAAAGUCGUCCACAGACUGAUGAAGAAAGUAUUUUGUUGCAAGGAGGAAAACUUCCUCGUAUUGAUAUUAAUAUUGAGAAAAUUACUCUGCAUAUUGUUCAUGAACUUUCAGAUACAAAAGAUCUUUUCCCACUUAUAUGCUUGUUUAUCAACAAUACACAACUUAUUGUACAAAACUUAGCCACAAAAUCCCGGGUCAUAGGCACCUCAACUGCGGGUGUUCAGUAUUAUGAUGCUCUGAGAAAUCUAUGGGGAGAACUUCUCCAUCCUGUUGGAAUCUGUAUUUUUUACCGAUCUAAUAUUCAAACUACGCUUCCUGAAUAUGCAUCUCAUACAGUUCCUGCACAUUUCUUCUGUCGGGCCAAAGAGUUGGACAUAUCCCUAAGUGAGAAUUCAUUGGAUGUUUUGCUCUUCAUGAUUGGGAAACUAAAUCUGUCUGGUCCAUAUAUGCUGCAAAGCUCCAUUAUUCUGGCUAACUGCUGCAAGGUGGAGAAUCAGUUAUGUCACAGGAGGCAUUCUGAUAUCAGAAGUGAAGACUCUGAUGCUGCAACUUCUGUUUCUAUUCAACUUGCUGAUUUUGGUUCAUUUGCAACUUCUUCAAUUCCCCUCUUACUUUCACAAACACAGAUAGCUUGGAGAACACGGAUUAGAUCAGCUGAAGGUUCACGAACUUUCCCUGGGCCAAUGAUUGUGAUUAAGAUUUCUAGAAAUGCAGAGGUUGGUUUGUCAGUUGUGGUUUCCCCUUUGAUUAGAAUACACAAUGAAACUGGAUUUCCUCUGGAACUUCAGUUCCAACGAGCUGAACCACAGGGAGAUGAGGUUGCAUCUGUGGUAUUAGAACCAGGGGAUUAUAUUGAUGAUUCUAUGGCAAUGUUCGAUGCCAUAAACUUCUCUGGUGGAGUAAAGAGGGCUUUAAUGUCUUUAAGUAUUGGUAACUUCUUAUUGUCAUUUAGACCCCGAAUGACCGAGGAACUCAAAAAAUUUGAACGAUCUCUUUCUUUGGAAUGGUCAACUUAUGUUAAAGGUGGAAAAGCUGUUCGUUUAUCUGGAAUAUUUGAAAAGUUAAACUACAGAGUUCGCAAGGCAUUAUUUUCAAAAUCAGACAAGUGUUCCUUCAGCACAGCACAUUGCGUCCUUAUGUCUGAAGGUGAAAGAGUUGCCAAUAUGCAUUUUCUCAUCCAGACAAUUUCAAGAGAUAUUCCUGUUGCAACACCUGAAAAGUCUGCAGCUCUGUUAAAGAAAGAGAGUUUGCCAGUUUCAUUGCAAGAACAGAAGGAAAUAUAUCUCCUUCCUACUGUACGAAUGACCAACUUAUUGCACUCUGAAAUAGAUGUUAUUUUAAGUGAAACAGAUCAGUUAAGUACUGUUGGCUAUGACAGUAUUGGAAAGCAGGCGACAAUAGCAUAUGGUUCAACAGCUGUCUUUUGUGCCAAUCCAGAUGUUAUAUACUUCACAGUGACUUUAACUGGUUCCAAUUCAAGUUCCAAGCUGCUAAAUACUGGGGAAUGUGUAAAGAAGUUACUAAAGAAGAACAGAGAUGUCCAACAUGUAGAUCUGAAUUUGGACUUCGAUGGAGGAAAGUUUUGUGCAACCUUGAGACUAUACCGUGGGAGCAGGGGCAUGCUGGAGGUUGUAGUUUUCACAUCCUAUUCCAUGAAGAAUAAUACAGACUUAGAAAUUUAUGUUCUUGCCACCAAAAGGUGGCCUCUAUCAAGAAUUGAAUUAGACAAUUUAAAAUCUCACAUUCCUUCAGAGUUAGGCUUAUGCUUGCCUCCAAGAACAACUAGAUCCUGGUUCUUAAAACCCAAAAGCGUUCAGCUUAAAUUGCUGGAGGACAACACAGCUGAGGCACUGCUAGACUUGGAUUCAUUAUCAGGCCUUACGGAAAUAAGCUUUAAGAAAGAAGAAGGAUCUGGUGUCAAAUCUGUAACAAAACUUGGCAUGUCUAUAGGUCCUUCAGGAGAAUUUUGUGUUCCAUCACAAAUGGUGACAAUUGUUCCACGAUAUGUUAUUUGCAAUGAAUCAGAAGCAUCUAUCACUGUUCGUCAAUGCUAUUUUCAGGAUGAGAUGGCGGGUGUAAUCUCCGUUGGAAGCAAACAGCGAAUGCCACUACAGCUGAAAGAAGGAUUUAGCAAGACAAGAGAGUUCAGUGUAUUUGAGCAUUUUAUCAGAAAGCACCGAUCCCCUAGUGACAAUUCUUUGUUAUAUAUUCAGUUUCAAACCAAUGAGCCUGGAUUGGGAUGGUCAGGUCCAGUGUGUAUAGCCUCACUAGGACAUUUUUUCCUGAAAUUCAGAAAACAAACAAAGGAAGUUGGAAUAUCAGAUAGCAAAAUGACAGAAUUUGCAGCUGUUCAUGUUGUUGAAGAAAGUUCUACUCUUAUUUUGAGUUUCUAUAAGCCCCCCAAUAUAAGUCUGCCUUACCGAAUUGAGAAUUCUCUGCAUAAUCUAUCAAUAACUUACUACCAAAAGGGUUUAUUAGAGCCAGAGGUUCUUGGACCAGGAUCAAAUGCAGAUUAUGCCUGGGAUGAUCUGACUCUUCCACAUAGGCUGGUUGUUCGCAUCAAUGGUAGCCUACAAUUACAGGAGAUUAAAUUGGACAAGGUGCGAGCAUGGAAACCAUUUUACAAACUUGGUAAACAAAGAACAUUGUCUACACAUUUGGUUUUAGACAAAAGGCCAGGCGAUCAUGCUAUGGAGAUGGAAAAAGUGGGGUAUGAAAUUUAUGCAGAAGGGCCAACCAGAGUUUUGCGAAUUUGUGAGAUCUCUAAUAGUUUCAGGGGAGAUAAUGUUCUCAAUUUAUGUGCAAAAGUUCAAGUUAGAGUUUCUCAGUUUGCAGUUCACCUGCUUGAACAUGUGAAACAGGAGGGUGAUGAGAAUGAGCUGCAAGAUUUUACACCAUUUUCAGUAGUGAAGCUUGGGAAUCUGCACAUGUUUAUGGUUUCUAAUAAUGAUCAGGUGUAUAAUCAGUUCAGUGUACAGGACGUGAAUUUUGAGCUUAAGUGGAAUGGAGCUCCUUUCGCAUCAAUGCUCCGCAGACAUCAGUUAGAUUACAGUGGCUCAAGUGAUAGUGUGCUGAAGAUUGUUUUUAUUCUACUUAACUCUAGUUCCAAUCUUAAGCAAUUUAGGUAUUCAUCAAUUUUUCUUCAGCCAAUUGAUUUGAAUCUUGAUGAAGAGACAUUAAUGAAAAUUGCAUCAUUUUGGAGAACUUCUCUUAGUGACUCAGAGAGUCAAAGGUUUUACUUUGAUCAUUUUGAAAUCCAUCCAAUAAAGAUCAUUGCAAACUUUAUUCCCGGGGAAUUGAAUUCGAGUUAUAGCUCUACACAGGAGGCUUUGCGGUCCUUAAUUCAUAGUGUUGUUAAGGUGCCUCCCAUAAAAAAUAUGGUUGUAGAACUAAAUGGAGUCCUUAUUACCCAUGCUUUGAUAACAGUGCGUGAAUUAUUUUUUAAAUGCGCACAACAUUACUCAUGGUACGCAAUGAGGGCUAUAUAUCUCGCUAAAGGAAGCCCCUUACUUCCGCCUGAUUUUGUUUCUAUUUUUGAUGACCUAGCUUCAUCAUCUCUUGAUGUCUUCUUUGAUCCGUCCCGCGGUUUCGCAAAUCUUCCCGCAUUCACUUCAGGUACUUUCAAAUUAAUAAGUAAAUGUAUCAAAGGUGAAGGAUUUUCAGGGACAAAACGAUACUUUGGUGAUCUAGGGAAAACUUUAAGAUCAGCAGGUUCAAAUAUAGCCUUUGCAGCUGUAGCUGAGAUAUCAGACUCUGUUCUGAAAGGUGCAGAAGCAAAUGGUUUCAAUGGAUUGGUGAGUGGCUUUCACCAAGGAAUUCUAAAAUUGGCUAUGGAGCCAUCAGUUCUUGGAACAGCAUUGAUGGAAGGUGGACCAGAUAGAACUAUAUUACUUGAUAGAAGUCCAGGAGUCGAUGAGUUAUACAUUGAAGGAUAUAUCCAAGCCAUGCUGGAUACGGUUUAUAGACAAGAAUACCUGAGAGUUAGAGUUAUUGACAAUCAGGUUAUCCUGAAAAACCUCCCACCGAAUCAUACUCUUAUAUGUGAGAUCAUGGAUCGUGUUAAGGAGUUUCUGGUGAGUAAAGCAUUGCUAAAAGGAGAUCCCUCAAGUAUGGGUCUCCCUUUACGCCGCCUUCGAGGAGAAAGUGAAUGGAGAAUUGGACCGACAGUUCUGACAUUGUGCGAACAUCUUUUUGUUAGCUUUGCUAUACGUAUGCUACGGAAGCAAGCAAACAAAUUUGUAAUCAAGAUAAAGUGGGGAAAGCAAUCGGAGGUCGACAGUCAUAAGGAUGCUCCUGCUGAGUCUAAUAAAAUGGGGCAGAAAUUGGGUUUCAUUCGAAAAUGGGGCAUUGCCAAAUUUGUCUUGUCUGCCCUGUUGGCAUAUGUUGAUGGACGUCUAUGUCGUAGUAUUCCCAAUCCUGUUGCCCGUAGAGUAGUUAGUGGCUUUUUGUUGAGUUAUAUUGACAAAGAUGAUGAUGAAUAAAAUCUGUAGUUGUUGUUCCUUCCAUUUAAAAGAAACAGGUAGUGGCGCCGUGGCGAGUGAAAUGCUGUUUGUGCCUCGGCAUUUGGGAUCAGCAUCUUAUGUUUCCGUAUGAAGCUCAUAUUAUAUGAUUUGUAUAUAUUUUUGCAUUCAGAUCCAACCAAGCGGUAUGUUUUACGUGCAUGUAGAUGGCUUUUGAUCCCCGUGUGGUCUGUGGUGUGUAUUAUACAUCUGGACUUUGUGAGAAAACCAGAACGGUGACGCAGUGCACUCCAAGGCUUGUGAGAAAACCACCGUGGCUCUGUAGAGCAAAGGAGAGAAGCUCUUCAAUAGCAUUGGAGUCAAAAUACACCGUUUACAUGAGUUGACAUUUUUCAGAUUAGCAUUUUAGUGGGAACGUGACUUUGGUUCACUUUGGUUCAUUUUUUACGCUCGGCAAUCUGCUUUUGAGGUGGCCAGAGUAUUUUAGAGUCGAAUUUGAGGUUAUACAAUCAUUACAUGAUCCAUUCCAAUUUUAGUU